UGACUCGUCCGAAAGAACCGAUUCGCUGAAAUGACUUUGACUCGCGCAUAAAGACAGAGUACAGAACAUUUAGGUACUCAUUGCGCUUCAGGCGAACGUGACGCGCGGUGCUUCAGUUUCCGUCUGUACUCACUGAACCAUCGCUUUAUUUCAAAUGAAGCAUCCUCUCGUGCCGUUAUUAAGUUUUGAUAGGUGAUAUAACAGCUUCAUCUUCGCCAUGAGCUGCUUGGAUGUAAUGUAUCAAGUUUAUGGUCCACCUCAGCCAUAUUUUGCCGCAGCAUACACACCGUAUCACCACCAGAAAUUGGCAUUUUACUCGAAAAUGCAAGAAGCACCAGAAACGGUCAGCGGAAGCAGUUCGUCUUUUUCCACCCUCUCCGGGCCACCCAUAAAAGAGGAGGACUGUACCCGAGAGAAAGAUCACCCACCAGAGGCUGAGUACAUCAGCUCCAGAUGUGUGCUCUUUACAUACUUUCAAGGGGACAUCAGUUCGGUGGUCGAUGAACAUUUCAGUCGGGCUUUGAGUCAGUCCAGCAGCUACCCAUCUGCAUCCAACAACAGUAAAACCGCAAGAGGCGCAUCAUCCUGGAGAGAUGGAUCAUUCCCCAUGAACCAGAGAAGCUUUCCUCCAUCGUUCUGGAACAGCGCGUAUCAGCCGUCAUCUCUCAGCAGCGCUCUGGGAUCCUCCCAUUCGGAUCUUCCCUUCCCAGCAGACCCGUACUCCACCGCUUCCUUGCACAGCCACCUCCACCAGACCACCCCAGAGCCCUGGCACCCGUCCCACCACCAUCACCCUUACUCGCUCAGCGGGGCGAUCGGCACCCAGAGCUCGGCUUACCCCCGGCCCUCCAUGCACGAUAUGUACGGAACGCACUUUGACCCCCGUUACGGCUCUCUGCUCGUGCCCUCGGUGCGGCCGCAUAGACUUCCCCCUGCCACGGUACCCGCGUCUGGACAAUCGCCAUGUGAUAUCAGCAAGAGCGAGCCGGGCAGCUCAGCGUGGACUGGCGCUUUUACGGCGGCGAGCUCUGAUAUGGGCCUGAACAUGGAUGCAGGUCUACAGAGCCAGGAUAAGAGCAAGGACCUGUACUGGUUUUAGUGCCCCGCGGCCACUUCUUCUUCUUCAUCUGGCUUGUCUUUUCUCUGACCUGUAGACAAUCAGAGGCUUUUCUGUAACAGAUUCUCAUCUCACUUGCAGCUCGACGCUACACGCUCUGCAGCGGGACCGUCCGCAGCUGAAAAUAAAGCCACGGCGGAUAACCCAUUCGGACGAGCGCGAAACUCUCUAGAUAGAGAAAAGACAGAACAGAGAGAAGCGGUGAGGCGACACGACGGCUUUCCAGAAAUACACGGUGGCGUGACUGACUGGCAGCUGCUCUCGAACCCUUCCCUCCCACGACCUUCGGCACGCUCAGCAAAACGGACCCAAAAUGAGUAAAUAAAUAGACGUGUUUUUGGGGGAA